GGUAGUGGUGGUCAGCUGACCGGUGUAAAAAAAAAAAAAAUGUAGUUUCUUGUAACUGUGCCAGUGUCUGACGUUUGCUUGAACUGUUUGUACAUCUGGGAGAUACUGCAAAACCUGGCCCUCCUUUGUUUACCCAAGAAAGCUCCGCUCCCCUGUGCUGGUUGUUUCUUUGUUGACUGAAAUUAACAGCAGGUGGUGAAGAGCCCUAAGGUUGCUUGAGAGAAGUCAUUUAUUAAACAGGCCUGCUUGUCCUGAGGGUGUGAGGGCUUGGAGAAAGAAAUGCCACACCUGGGCCAGGAAGCCAGGCUCUUCAAGCCCUGGGGUUGAUUUCUUCAGCAAGGUUGCACAUGGCGAUGUGACCAGAGCCACACUCACCUGAAGCAUAUCAGACGGUCAUAAAACCAUGCGUUCUGCCUUUGUCUGGAACGGACUGUAGAGAGAUGGAUUUUUAUGAAGACUACCAGUCCCCGUUUGACUUUGACACAGGAGUGAACAAAAACUACCUCUACUUGUCUCCUAGUGGAAACUUGUCUCCAUCCGGAUCACCUACUCUGCAGAAGUCUGGUCUGCUGAGAACAGACCCAGUACCCGAGGAAGGAGAAGAUGUUGCAGCCACGAUCAGUGCCACAGAGACCCUAUCAGAGGAGGAGCAACAAGAACUAAGAAGAGAACUUGCAAAGGUAGAAGAAGAAAUCCAGACUCUGUCUCAAGUGUUAGCAGCAAAAGAGAAGCAUCUAGCAGAGAUCAAACGGAAACUUGGGAUCAAUUCACUACAGGAACUAAAACAGAACAUUGCCAAAGGCUGGCAGGAUGUGACAGCAACAUCUGCAUACAAAAAGACCUCUGAAACCUUAUCUCAAGCUGGACAGAAGGCAUCCGCUGCUUUCUCAUCUGUUGGAUCGGUCAUCACCAAAAAGCUGGAAGAUGUAAAAAUGCAAGCCUUUUCACAUUCCUUUAGUAUCCGCUCCAUUCAACAUUCAAUUAGCAUGCCUGCUAUGAGAAACUCCCCAACUUUCAAAUCAUUUGAAGAAAAAGUUGAAAACUUAAAGUCUAAGGUAGGGGGAACCAAGCCUGCUGGUGGGGAUUUCGGAGAAGUCUUGAAUUCAACUGCAAAUGCCAGUGCCACCUCGGAGCCUCUUCCGGAGCAGACGCAGGGGGGCCUGUGAGGUGCUUACCUGUGUGAUGCCGCCCACUGCCAGCCGCUGCAAGCAGCAUCCAAGCACAUCAUGUCAACACUCAUUGCUCUCAGUUCCCACCGGAUGUGCUUUUACUUAGCUUUACAUGUUCAUCUGACCAAAUAGUUUGUGGGUUGAACACCAUAAAAGUAUCUUCACCUCUGUUCCUGGGAAACACCCUUUCAUGUGCAUUUAAGGCCCCCGAUAUAGGAAACACUGUUGUAAAAACACAUGUAAUACCUGGGGAUCCUCAUUAGAAUGAUCCAAGAAUCGUCAGGUUUCUCAUAACUGCUUUCCUACUUUAUAAAACUGCUCUGGCUCUGGGAUGUCAGUUUGAUCUUUGUCUUCAAAACGAUUUUCUUGUUUUCUCUUUGAACCUCUGUAUAUUUGAUUGCUAACUAAAAUUUAAAGUUCUCUGAAUUCUGGUUAUUAAAAGUUUUGGCAUAAUUUUCUUUACCUCCAAGGGAAGAGUUACCAGCUACAAAAAAUAUUUUUGAGUAAACAUUCUGGUAUGAGGUAUCUUCUAUCGUGUGUGUCUGAAGACAGCAGACUAAAUAAAUCAGCUCUACAUCCAAUUUGUUAUGGUUUGUAAGUGACAACAUGUACAGCAAUUCAAACUCCUAGGUGACUCCAGAGUGGAACCAUCUUAUCCGUGUCACCCUUUGUGACAGUAACCAUUUUGGUGUAUUUGUUAUUAUGCCAUUUAUAUCAACUUAUUUUUCACAAGAUUAAAUUUUUAGUUUCAGAGUAAAUUGCAAAAUAACAUUCUGAAGCAAGCAUACUGUAAUUCUUAGUAAGUUGAAAUAUGAACACUCUCAACAAAUGUUCCAUUCGAAAGCCUGGAAGAUUUUUAGCUGUAAUCAAUCACGUUAGGGGAAACAUUGCUGUCUUCAUUUAAUUCACUCAGCACCGUUUAAAAAUAAGCACAUAUAGUUGUAGGACUAAAAAACUUGAAAAGAUUUUAUAAUAAGGGGUUGGUGGUAACUCCUGAGGAUUUAAUGCAUUAAUGCAAAUCAACACAUUGUUUUUUACUUACUUGUUUUCAGUGUCUUAGAAAUUAUACAAUGAUACUGUAGACAUUGCCCCCUAUUUUGAAAAAAUGGCAGGGCUGAAUGAACCAAAGCCUCUCAAAGUAUCUGCAUGGAGGCCAAGGUACUCUAUUCUAAUAGCUACUUAUUCAUCACUAUUACCUUUUCAUUAUCCUGUGUAUGGUUAUGGCCUAUAAUGUUGUAUUUGUUAUUUAUCAAGUUGUGAUUGUUUUAUUGUUUAUGCCAAAUGUUAAUUGCCAAGCUUGGAGUGACCUAAGGCAUUUUUUUAAAAGCAUGACUAGAUUUACUUCAGGAUAAAUUAUCUUAUGAAAACCAAAUUUGAAAAGCCACAAGUGUCGAUUGUCAUAAGUAACAUGCUACCAUUCUUGAUUGCUAGAGCUUUUGUUAUAGCACUUUAGAUGCAACUGAAAAUAUGCUCUAUUAAAUGUGAAAAGCCUAAUAAAUUCUGUAUAUCAGUA